UGACGCUUGCGCGCCCACCUCGCUUAUAGCACAAAGUCGCGCGCGCAUGUUAUCUACAUUCUAAAAUUAUUAACAUACCCACUUUUCUCCCACAAUUUGCCGUAACAAAGUGACAUAUUUUGAUUUCCUUUCCACGACGAAGUGUGUUUCUGUGACAGACUUUCCCAGUGUGUGUUCGAAAUUUUCUUUUCCAAUUCAUUUUUCUCUCGUCAUUUGACACACAUAUUAUGACGUGUAACGGUGUGGAGAUCUGACGAUCUAUCGACUAAAAAAUCUGUGUUUUGUGUACUUACCUCGGAACAGUGUGCCGGAAUUUUUAACGGACUUGCCUUUAGCGGAGGUAAAUGACGAUCAGUUUCUUUGUUUAUUAAAUGCUUGACACUUAAGCGACUGGGAUAUAUCAUUAACCAGACACUAUAAGAGCAAUGUCUCGGUGGAAGGGUAAAGUGAGGUAGCUGGCAGAUGGCAGCAGUCAGCGCGGCGAUGUUUCGGCCUGGGGGCGCGCUCGACCCCCCAUGUUACGGUCAACGGAUUUAUGAAACGCCUGAAAAUACGCGUCCGAAAAAAUGGUCUUCAAAGUUGAAACUCAAUACUUCCGGAAGUUCCAAAUCUUCUGAAAAAUCACCCGAAAGCCCUUACAUGUACGGAACUAUUAGUGGACAAGGUGGUUCAGCACUGUCAAAAUCCAUGAAGUAUGCAGAAACGUGGCUGUAUGGGUCCGUAAGGACCCAAACUCCAACAGGGAGACCGAGUGUCUUCUCAGCGUAUCCGGAGGUUCCCGGACCAGUCUUAAUAAGUACUCCUCAAAAACCAACUCCACAUAACUAUGCUGUUAUAUUAUGUUCCUGUCCUGAAUAUCUUAAUGGUACGAAGAAAACCAGCACAACCAAAGUCAGUAUAUGUAAGAAAUGCAAAGGAUCUCGUUUGCCACUAACUAUAACUGAAAGUCCACGUUUGCUGGUAGGUGGAACUGUGCGUGGUCCUCAAGUGAGUCGUGAUGCUAGUGGUUUACUUAGGGCUGGUACUGUCAGAGUUCAAAGCACAAAAUCUAGACCUAGCAUUCUUAAGCCCAAUGGCGAUAACGAUCCUUACGACUUAAUGCGUCGAAGUAGAUUAGCUCCUCCUCACGAAACUCGUAUCGGAAGUCAGUUUUCAACAACGAGAUCGCGAGCCAAAAGUAUAAGCCCGUGUCGUGUAAAAACAAAACAACCAAGUCCAGAAACUCUUAGCAAAAGUAGAAGUAAGUCAGUGAGCCGAGUGAAUGAACUGUGGAUUGAUGAAGAUAGCACACCAGAUAAAAAGAAAUCUAUUUUAUCGUGCGAUAUAAACCCCUAUGAGUUGGUCAAGACUAGUAGAAGUUCAAAAUCGAUGGUAGAAAUCGCAUUCGAUGAUGAUUACGGUGAUGUUUUUCAAGAUUCUCCGAAAUCUAGGCCUUUAAAUAAAUCUAAAUCAGACACGAAUGUUAAAGCAAUAAGCGGACAAAGAAUUCGAGUAUCUAAUGAACUAAAAAGUAGUAGUAUAGAAGAAGUAUCUGUUUAUGAUCCUGUCAAUUAUGAUCUCAAAAAUUAUGACUUCAAAUCUACGGAUAUGUCUUCAGCAUUAUCUUUACCAAACAUUAAAAACGAAAAUAGUAAAUUUACUUCAUUAGGUAAGAGUAAUAAUAAAAAAGUAGUAACUAUAUCAACGUCAAAUCGUAUAAAACAAAAGAGUGUUUCACCGAAAAGACCACCGAGACGAGUAAGACAUAAUAAAACUGACGAUGACAGCGAAAGUGAUAAUCAACGUUUACCUGAAAGAAACUUUAAUAAAAAACCCACCAGUGAUUAUUCACGCAGUCCUAAAUAUAAAAAUCACAAUAGUGAUACGAUUAAGUCUAUUCUCAAAAAACCAAGGAACUAUGAAUUUAAUGAUACUAAAAACAAAGUAGAAAUUAUUGAGGACUCAUUUGAAAGUAAACGUAUUAAUUCAUCGCAAUUUUACUUACCAAAACCUAAAGAUAAAAGCCUAAAUUCGUCAGAAAAUAUAUAUCAAAGAAAAAGAGUUCAAUUUCUCGUAGAAAAUGAAGAAACCAAAGUAAUUUAUACAGCCCACUUAAAUUUGCACGACAAUGUUUUGAAAGAAGAAAAACCAAGUAUUGUUAUUGAGGUGGAAGAAGAAAUUAUAGCGGAGGGUGAUGUCGUGAGUCAUAGUUUAGAAGAAGCUGAAAAUAAUAUAUCUUAUACUGAUGAAAAUAAUGAUCUCCAAAAUGACUCUGAAAUAUAUGAAGAUAUGCAAAUCAAUUUGGAGUUAAACAAAAUUGCAACUGGAGGCAUGACAAUGGAUCCAAAAAGUACAACAAAAUUAGAAAAUGAAGUUCCUACAAACAACGAAGAUAAUAAUGUACCUAAAAUUCCAGUUCUACGCCGUUCCGAGUCAGAGAGAUUAGCUUCAACAAUAUCCAUUUCUCCUCCAAAGUUUUUAGAUACUAUGGCUCUUCGGUCAAAAACUAAACAUGGUCAUACCAGUCAGGUGUUUUUAGAGUUCGUUAGUGAAAAAGAGUCCUUGAUACAACAAAAAUUUGACAGUCUUGAAACCCCAACAAAAUUGGAUGCUGAUAUUGUUCAAGAAACUUCAAGUCAGAAUGAUAUUGAAAUCGGCAACUUAAGUGAUAGUAGUGAAAUAACAAGUAAAGUGCUGAAAAAUCUACGUCAUGGUAUAAUAGGUUCACCAGAACCACCACCAAGAUAUAAAUCGAAAUCAAAGAAACACAAUUAUGUUAAAACAAGAUUUAUACGUAAUAAUUCAUCAAGUUCAACAAGCGAUGAAUGGUCAGAUACAAAUGACAACGAACAAAAAACUGUACUUAGAGUAAAACAAUUUGAUUCUGAUGAAUUUGAAGAGCAGAAGGAAAGUAAAGAUAUUUAUAAAACUAUUGAAAUCGAACCGAGAAAAACCUCAAUACAAAUUAACGGCAAUGAAUGCUAUUCCACUAUGAACGUAAGGGGUGAUACGCCAAUAUACCUCUCAUCAGUUGUUGUGAACGAUGACUAUAGCAAUGCUUGUAGCACAUAUCAGUCAGGGACUACUGUUACUAUAAGUGUUGGAACUCCACAAUCGGAAUUAAAAAAGUCAAAAAGUCAAAUAUAUAUUGGAGCAGAAUUUCCAGGGCAGGAGAAAGCAGAAGAAUCUAACACGUAUGAAGACUAUUGCAAUGAUGCGUACAAACACCAAUAUCUAGGGACUUUUCAUGAAAACGAUAUAAAUUCUAUUCUAAAUGAUCCAGUUGAAGCUGUAAGAAGAAACCUCAUACCUCAUGUUUGUGGAAAAAAAGACGACGUCAAAAACGUGGAAAUAGUAAGAGAUCAGAGAAGUGUGUCAGAUGAAAGCAAACCUUCUGAAAGUGGUAAUUAUAUCACUAAACUUUUUGACGAUCCAUUCUUUUCACAUUUGGCUGAGGGUCUUGAUUCUGAUUUGGUUAAAAAAUUAAUUGAAAACUCGUUAAUAAAACUGCAAGAGACUAAACAUCAAGAAGGGACAGAAAACAGUAAAGCAACCAUAGAAAAACUUAUAGAAAGUUCCCUUAUAAGCUUGAAGGAAGAAGUUCAGAAAGAAAACAUACAAAACGAAAAGAAACUUGUUAACAUGACUUCAAAAGAAGAAAACCGUGCAAAUGAUAGUAAUGGUUGUGUAGAACACAAUGAUAAAUGCUGUUCUGCUCCCUAUGAAAGUAUGGAGUAUGAGAGCGGAGCAAUGGGAGUUUUUUCAGACCUUGAGCCAAUGUCUGACUGUUAUAAUGCUUCAGCGAGUGAAUUGUCAACAGAAGAUGACACUAACUCUACAAGAUCAAAGUUUUACCAAAUGUUAGUAGAUGCUGCAAUAUGUGACAUUGAAAUAUCAAAUAAUACAGAUGACGAUCAUCUUUAUGAAUCGAUUCGCUUAAAUAGUGAUCCUAUAUAUGAGGAAAUAGGAGAUAUGCCUCCGCCUCUGCCAACAAAUCCUCCUCCUAAUUCUUUGUUGUUAAUAGAUGAUGAUAAAAGAAGUGGAUCAAGAUCAAUUUUUGAAGGUGCAUCAAAAUAUGAUAUACUUUCUUAUUUAGUAGAUGCUAAAGAAAGAGGUAUUGAUGAUGAAGAAACCUAUAUUACAAACUAUUCUAAUGACAACGAAAAUUCAGCAUUGUUAGAUGAGUCAAAAGAAAAAACAGAAGUGGUAAAAUCAAAACUUAUUAGUAGUAAUACCAGUCAGUUAUCUAAUGCAUCAGAUUCAAGUGAAGAUAACUCAUUAAUAAUUAAUCAAGAUGGAAUGGAAAAAGCCGUUGUAUGUAAAAAACCUUCAGCUGAAAUAGAGAGGAAUGAUUCUGGAGUAGGGUCUGAAACAAGUAAAUCUUCUAGAAGUAGACUUCAAGGGAAAAUUACACCAAAUAGUAUGAGUGAUAAGGAUACUCCAAUUCAUUUAUGUGAGGAUUGUGAUACUGCGGUUGAUUCUCAAAUCACAGAACAAGGUUCGGCUUACGCUCCAUUAGUUUGCCGAAAAUGUUCUAAAAGAAGAACUGAGAGAAAAGAAAUAAUAACAGAAAUUGUGGAAACCGAAGAGAAAUAUGGUCGAGACCUACAAAUUAUUCUCGAAGAAUUCUAUAAGCCCAUGUUAGUGGCUGGUCUUCUCACUCAGGAACAAUUAAGUGCUAUCUUUUUAAAUGUCGAAGAAUUAAUAGAUAAUAAUCAAGUUUUAUCUGAAAAAUUAAGAGAUGCUCUUGAAAUUGCCGUAGAACAAGGAGAUGAGGACUUACUGACGGUUAACGUUGGCAAGAUUCUCUUGGAGUGUUCUGGUAUGCUGACAGCUUUUCAGUCAUAUUGUGUAAAACAAGCAGGCGCCGCAUUGCUUUUAGCCGGCUUGGAGAAGGAGAAGGAACUCCUGAGGAUAUUCUUACGCGUCUCGCAAAUGGAAAAUGCGGUGCUGAGGAGGAUGAAUCUCAACUCAUUCCUCAUGGUGCCGGUUCAACGCGUGACAAAAUAUCCACUCCUUCUUUCCCGGCUAUAUCGUGCAACACCAACUUGCGCAUCAGAAAGAGAAGAAGUGAAGGGAGCUCAGCGCUGCGUUGAAUCCAGACUUGAAGAAAUCAACGCUGCGGCUGCCGCCGCUGCUGCCGCGGCAAGAGACGUGCCGCUAUGGAGAAGACUCGCUGCAGCAAGGCGGACGGCACAUGAUUUGCACGUCGCUGAUAUAAGGCUGAGGAAGAUGGCUGUGGAUGUGCUGGAUUGGAAUCAUGAUGAUGCUAGGUUUGCAAUGGAAGGCAAGCUGCUGUUUACACAACCCAACGAUAACAACUGGCGCAAGGGACGCACGAUUAAACUGAUGUCGAUCAACGCCCUUUUGGUAACUAACGGAAAGCCAACGAUCGCUCACAAAACGAACGAAUUACGGGAAACGAGAGAAGCAAGAGAUCGAGAGGCGAGAGAAAGAGAAGGGGAGGCUCUUUUUGCACGCAGUGGAGUAAGAGAGGCUGCUUUACUACUUGUGAGAGAAAAGGCCGGAAGAUACACGUUGCAAAGAGAGCCGUUAUUCCUCGAUCGCUGCGUGGUCGCCGCGGAUCACGAGCCCGAACACUUUUUUGAGGUGCACGAGAUUACGACAAAGGAUUCCUUUAUUUUUAAGGCGGAAGAGAGUGCUCGCACGCGCAUCUGGUACCGUCAGAUCCAGUACCACGCCCAAGGCGCAGGCGCAUGGCGGAAGCGGCGUAACGCACUCGCUAACAUCAUGAUUAAUCCUAUGCUUACUAGAAACUAAAACAAUGUGUCGUAGACUACAAAAACUCUAAAGAUCCGUUUAAGUUCAUCGGAGCGGAGUCGAAAUCAUGAUAACUUAAUCACGUGAUUUCAAAAUAUUUUGAUUGCUCUUCUUUGAUUUCUCCAUUUCAAUUAAAUGCACCUUCACAAAAUUAAGGCUUAAUAUAAAUGCAGCUCAGGUUAUCACGACUGCCAUAAUCUUUUUUGUGUCUGCGUUCAACGUAUCGUGGUACAUAAAUAUUAUCCCUUAGAAUUAAUAUAAAAAUGCAUUUGAAUUUGUGUAAUUUUAUUUAUUACGUCCGAUAUCAAAGUCGGCUAUUUUUAACAAUAUUAAAAAUAAGCUUUGGUUCGGGGUACAUUAUGCAUUAAACAAAUGAGCCGGCCUCGGCCGGUAAAGAGAUGGUAGUCUUUGAAUGCAAACUGUGAGAUAAAUGCGUUUCUAUGUGAUUUGGUUCAUAAGAAAUUUUACUAUUUUAAAGUCACGGUUUUUUCUCCAGGUCGACCAGUUUCCGCCAAGGGCUUUGUUUAGUGCCUAAUUUAUUUAUUUAUUUCUCGGCACGUAACUUUUGAUAGAACGUUAAAACACAAAUAAAGUGCAUAAACCGUUUGGAAUUACGAUGUUAAAAUAAAUAAUUUAUAAUAUAAGCAACCGAAUAGGUUUUUUGUGGAAUACCUGUAAAUAUGUACGUAAAUCGUAAAUCUACAGUGUAAUUCGUUCGCUUAGAUUUAUUUGUGAAUAGAUUGCGAGAAUACUUACUUAAUUUUUUUAACUCCUACCAAAAUGUUGGAGUUUAGUUCAUGUGCUUAUUUGUCGAGUCACUAUAUCUAUCAACAUUAUGGUAUUUAUCAUAUGCUAAUUUUGUAAUACGUUUCACAAUGGUGUUUCCGCAAAUUUAUUUUACUAUUAUAAAAUAUAUUAAGCGUCCUUUGUAAACUGUGCCUAUUAAAGAUAUUUGAAUACAGAGAUCUAUUAUAAAUUUAAGCGCCACUGAUAUAUAAUAAUUACACAUAUUCAGAAUUCCUACACUUUUCACUUUUUUUUAUUAUUCUAACAUUUAAGAGUUGAUAAAUGUAUUUUUUUUUCUUAAUUUCAUAGUUGCUUAAUAUUUUUAUUUGUUGUAAAUAAGAAAAAAAGUUUGCCACUAGUUUAGAUUUAGCUUAUACCAAAAUAUAGUUUGUUAUUUUAUAAAUUAAAAUUUUGAGCGCUGCCGUUA